AUGCAGAGACAGCAACAGCAAGGGGAUGGGCCAAGGGAUGGGCCUAGUGGGGUUCUCGACACCUCCGGUGGAAGGUGGACGGACGAGGAGCACCAAGGAUUUCUCCACGGCCUCGAGGUGUACGGUUACGGAAACUGGGACGCUAUCGCGGUCUUCGUUCCCUCUCGCAGCCCGCCCCAGAUCGAAGCCUACGCUCAGCAGUACGUUGCGCAAGUACGUCCAUACACACUCUUGGGUUGUGCCUAG